AUGAACGAUCAAACCACUGUUGCUCAAUAUUUGCAAACCUUUGUUGCUGGCAAGGCAAGCUCAGAGCAAGCAACCGCCGUUACUGAAAUAUUUACUCAGAAUUGGUUGAAUACACUGGGGGACGUUAAGAAUUUCACUGCUACAGAAUUGAGAAAUCUGAAUAUACCUGCAGAAAAUAAAGACAAUGAAUAUCCUUCGAAAAGACCUCGCAUUGGUAUUGUGCCUGAAAGGACUAAGGCUCUAUGUGAAGUUCUUAUCCAACCGUUCGAUACUCUUCCCACUUCGGCCAACGAGCUACCGGAUUUCAUUGAUAUGCCGCUUUGUUCUAAACUUCCUGUGGCUCUUUACUCAGAGUUAACGAAAUUUAAUGAAAUCAGUGAAGGUAUUUAUUAUGAUGAGAUAAACAGUGAGAGUUUAUUAGCACGGACUAUCAGCAAUGCCCUCUCAGAGGUAGAGCUCACUGCUAUUACAACCAAACUGGAAAUGGUCACGUCUGUGGAUAUAUUAACAAAGCGCCCGUUACAAUUAUUUUGCAACAACUCGGGUUUUCGAAUUGAUUUUGCUCGAAAUGCGACUGAGAGGGGAACCACAACAGAUGUGAAGAGUACACCAGCAACAAAAAAACAAAUGAGACCUGAUCUUCUUGGUUACAUUAAUGAUUUACUCGUGAUAAAAAAUGAGGAGAAACCCAUGCGAGCCUUAUUUUCAACCGCCAGAUACGAGCUCUUGUCUAAGUUUAGCAAGCUCGAUCCGUUAUGUUUUGGUCCAGUUAAGUUUUUGAUUUGCUAUGUCGUAGCAAAAGACAUUAUCUGUUUCUACGCAAUUGAUGGUAAUAAGAUGUUGGUUCCCCUCUCCUCAAACCUUUACAUGGAACAACUUGACUCUCGAUUUAAGGUUCUCAAAAUAAUCGUCAAUAUUGCUCGUAUCUUCAAAACCAUGAUCACUAAUAACGCCUUCCCUGAUGAUAUAUUUCCCAUCGGCAAGCCGCUGGAAUUGGGACACUCAACAAUUACUUUCUUUGAUGAUUAUGUCCACAAAGUGGUCUUGGAGAAUAAUAUUUUUAACCUUGAUGAGAAUCGCGUUGAUACUUUAAGGCACAUGUAUGAAAUUGCUAGAGGUCAUAAUGGGUUAGUUCAGGUUUUUGAAGGGCCUUUCUACAAAAAGCGCCAGGGCACUCCAGGGAAAUAUGUCAUUAAGCUGCAGACACGUGGCUAUAAGCGUGUACCAAAGGAUGAGCCAACAACAUGGGCAAUGACAAGAAGCUUGCUUACUGGGCUGAAUUGGUUACAUCAAUCCGGUUAUGUUCAUCGUGACAUUUGUUUACCGAAUAUUGUAUAUGAUCCCACAGGCCCUAUGGGCUAUGAGUAUGUACUAAUCGAUUUCGAACAUGGGGGGCAUACAGAUGAGAUAUUCAAUACCCUCUUGACGCAGUGGGAUUUGGGCACACUUGACCAGACAAAAGCCUACACAACCCUUUCGGAAAUGUAUCAGCUAGGUAAGUUAUUAGAAGGGCUCAAUACUGUGUCAUCCAAAGAUGGGCGGAAUUUUAUAAGAAAAUUGAAGGGAAAGCAUAUGGAGGCAGAUAUGGCACUCCUACACCAAUGGAUUACUCAAUAA